GGCGUCACAUUCGUGCGCCAUCUCCGUCAACCCCAUAUCUCUAUGGUGACACCCCUCCCGUCUAGAGAAAUCGCUUCCGGUUUGGGCCUUGGAAGGUUGGGAGAACCGUUGGUUGCGGAGAGGGCGUGUGUGAGCGCAAAUUCUCGCGGUGGCGGUUGUCAUGGCAGCGGCUGCGGGGUCUGGAGGAGGUGAAACGGCCUCAGCCUCCGCUGCCGACGAAGGCGGCGGGGGAGGGAACAGGGAGAGCCCCCCCGGCUCGGACCCACGACGCCUGGGGCCGGGGGGGCGAGAGGAAGAGGAGGCGCCGGGGCAAGGCAGUGCGGGGGGCCCGGCCAGCCAAAGUCACCCGCCCUCGUCGCCGCCCCCCCGCGAAGCCGAGGUCACCGUGGAGAUUGGAGAGACCUACCUGUGUCGGCGCGGGGACGGGACGUGGCACUCUGCAGAGGUGAUCCAGUCUCGGAUCAAUGAGCAAGAAGCCAGGGAGGAGUUUUAUGUGCACUAUGUUGGAUUCAACCGGCGUCUGGAUGAGUGGGUGGACAAGAACCGCCUGGCUCUCACCAAGACAGUCAAAGAUGCAGUGCAGAAGAACACAGAUCAGUACAUGAAUGAAUUGUCUGAACAGCCAGAGCGCAAGAUCACUCGCAACCAGAAGCGUAAACAUGACGAAAUCAACCAUGUGCAAAAGACGUAUGCUGAGAUGGAUCCCACCACAGCAGCUUUGGAGAAGGAGCAUGAAGCAAUCACCAAGGUGAAAUAUGUGGACAAAAUCCAUAUUGGAAACUAUGAGAUCGAUGCUUGGUAUUUCUCACCGUUCCCAGAGGACUAUGGGAAGCAGCCCAAGCUGUGGAUCUGCGAGUACUGCCUCAAGUACAUGAAGUUUGAGAAGACUUACCGCUAUCACCUUGGACAGUGUCAGUGGCGGCAACCACCAGGAAAGGAGAUCUACCGCAAGAACAACAUCUCAGUGUAUGAGGUGGAUGGCAAAGAUCACAAGAUUUACUGCCAGAAUUUGUGCCUUUUGGCUAAACUCUUCCUAGACCACAAGACUCUCUAUUUUGAUGUAGAGCCCUUCGUCUUCUACAUUCUCACUGAAGUCGACAGGCAAGGGGCCCAUAUCGUUGGCUACUUUUCCAAGGAGAAGGAGUCGCCAGAUGGCAACAACGUAGCUUGCAUCCUCACUUUGCCCCCGUACCAGAGGAGGGGUUACGGGAAGUUCCUCAUUGCUUUCAGCUAUGAGCUCUCCAAGCUGGAAAGCACAGUAGGCUCCCCAGAGAAGCCCCUCUCGGAUCUAGGCAAGCUGAGCUACCGUAGCUACUGGUCGUGGGUGUUGUUGGAGAUCCUCCGGGACUUCAGAGGUACCCUCUCCAUCAAAGAUCUCAGUCAGAUGACAAGCAUCACACAAAAUGACAUCAUCAGUACGCUACAGUCAUUGAACAUGGUCAAGUACUGGAAAGGGCAGCAUGUCAUCUGUGUCACCCCCAAGCUGGUUGAGGAGCAUCUCAAAAGUGCCCAGUAUAAGAAGCCUCCCAUCACAGGUACUGUGGGAAGUGCAGCCUGGCCCUGGUGUGGAUUCUCUCUGUCUGCGAUGGGCACCUCCCAAACACAAACAAGCCAAGAUUUCCAAGAAGUGAAGGAGAAUGAUCCGAGGAACAACCUCAAUACACAUCCACCCUUCAUUUUAAGAGAUGGUCUAAGUCAUUCACGUUGGUGUUGCAUUGAUCAGGCGUGUCUUCGAACAGAUGUCGUGGGGGUUCCAGGGAGAGAAGGGUGUAACCCAGUGUUGCAGCAACUUUGCUCUAGUACUGUGCUGCACCAGAGUGAAGACUGCCCAUCUACUGUCUAAUUUUUCUGCCUGAUUGUGCAUGGCAAACUCUUCCCUUCUUUCCAGACCUGCUAUCUUGCUCUUGUAGAGGUAGUAGAAUUGGUGUCCUCCUUCUUACCCAGGAGAGGAAAGGAAUACACCUCUUCUCAUCUGUUGUUUCUUACUGGCCUGGAAACAGCUGCUCUGGCACAAGACUGUGAGUUGCCCCUACUGCCCGUAUCAGAUGGGCACACAGCGUAGAAGAUUAUUGACAGAGGAAGACAUGAGUAGUAAACAGACAUAUGAGGCCAGAUACUUGGGAAGCAGUUAGUCAACAAACAUGGGUGAGGGGAGAAGUAGCAUAGUUAUAAUCAAAGGGUGUGUAUAUGGAUGCUGAGAUCCUACAGUAGGAAGGGAGAAGAGUUUCUCAAGUGGCCAUGCCCGAUAAGCCAUUAGUUAUUCUUGUUCAAAGCACUGAAAGCUUAGUGCCUUUCUUUAAAGGUACAAAAGUCUGUCUCUAUGUAAAUCUGUCAUCAUCCUCACUGUCCUCAGAAAGAUGUAAGAAGUCUGGAUCUAGUAAAAGUAUAAGCACAUUCACUUUUAGCUCUGGCAGAGAGGCUUCCCGCAAAUUCAGUGGACUAUAGAGGAACAGAAUUAUGCAGGCUUAAUUAAAAAGAGUUAGAUUUCUAAGGAAAAUACAGCUGUGGGAAAAGGCGCUAUGUCACCUCUGCUUGAGACUCACAGCUGCAGAGAUCUGGCAUUUUGAGUUGCCCUAGUUGAUACAUGGAGACCCUACAUAAAUGGGAUGGUUCUAUAUGCAAAGAAGAUAGGGAGGGGUACUGUUACUUACCACUUGGUGUUCUUCUUUGCCCAGAGAAAUUGACAACCUCCAGAUUGGAGGAAACUGAAUAGUGGGGUGUUGUGGGUUAGUUUGUUUUAGCUGACAAGUUGCCCUACCAUUGCCUUUUGCUAAUGAUAAAAUAAGGGCUUUUUCAAAAGAGUCAAAAGUCUUGAACAGAGCACGGUGGAAGUAACAGAGCUGAAGAGGGAGGCUGCCACUGGUCUUCAAACAACCUUCAACUGAGAUGCUUGCACACCUUGCGGCAACACUGGGGCUAGUUCAAAUGGAAUUUGGCAUGGGAGAGCUGCAUUAGAUAUGCCGGGAGGAAAUAUGCAUCCACGCAGUGGUUCUGCUGCAGCUGUUGGAUUCAUACUCCAUGUAUGCAGUGUGUUUUCUGUUAACUUUUCAGAAGUAUUUUAAUUAAUAAAACUACAAAACAAAA